ACAGUCAGGAAGUGAUCUUUUGCCGAUUUUUAUGUCUUUUAAACUAUCCGACGACACAUUUACUACAUGUUUUAAACCCGUUUUGAUCGUGUGUAGAUAACUGAGGUAUUUUGUAUUUACUUUAAUACGGUAUCUAUAAUUUACUGUCGUCGCCUGUAUGUUACGAUGGUUAACUGUUAACUCAUCAUUUUUAACUAAUGAAUGAACUGGACACAUUUCAUCCGCAACAAACUCUUUCACGCGAGUUGUACCCUUACUUUAUGCAAAAUUAGACGUAUUAACGUAUCGACGGAUAAUCGAUUUUAUUUUAAUCUUUGUGUUUGAAAGGUUCCAGCCGGUAUAAAGGUUCCGCGCGAUAUAAAGCUUGAAUACAUAUGCUGUUAAGGGUCAAAUAAAAUAAAAUUGUAUUUAUUUAACCAUCAUGGAUUAUGUAAACACCGCCAGAUCAGUCGAAGAUCGACUCUUGUGCUACAGAAAAGACGAAUCGGGAUGGAAAAUAUGCAAGAAAACUAAUGAUGUUGUGGUGUGUUGGAGACCUUCUUGUGAAUUUUCAGGAUACGUGUAUAAGGGAGAAGGGAUUGUCAAUGCCAGUCCGGAAAAAGUGUGGGACUGCUUGAAACCAGAAAUCAAUGGUUUUCGUGUAAAAUGGGACAGUAAUCUUAAAAAGUUUGAGCUAGUUGAGCAGGUGUCUGCGGACGUUAGAAUCUGUCGAACUGUCACGCCGUCGGCUGCCAUGGGCAUUAUAUCACCUCGAGACUUUGUUGAUGUCGUUUCUAUCAAACGUUAUGAAGAUGGCACAGUUUCAUCAAAUGCUACAAACGUAUGCCAUCCCAACUGUCCUCCGCAGCCGGGCUACGUCAGAGGCUUUAAUCACCCGUGUGGCUGUUUUUGUGUUCCAGUUCCUGGGGAACCUGGCAAAACCCAGCUGUUCAGUUUCUUUCAGACCGAUCUUGGAGGUUUGCUCCCUCGCUCGGUUGUUGAUUCAUUUUUCCCCAGUAGUAUGGUGGAGUUUUACAACAACCUGAGCAAAGCGCUAAAAACGUUAAAAUAACACAGGCUACACUUAUGAUCACCCUUUAAACAUAAAUUAGACUCUUUUAUCAAUUCAACGCACUUUGCAUUUAAUCAUGCUUUAGUGAAAUUAGAUUUUCGAUUCGUCCAAUAGCCUAAAUGUUUAAAACAUUGUUUUGUAGGGAAUAAUAGAAAGUUUUGUUUACCAUUCAACUCGUAAUCUAAAACUUAGAGAUUAAAGCAAUGCACAAAUAUUUAUCCACUUCAGUGGGUUUGCAAGCCUCACAAAUCCAUAUCCUCACUUUCUGCCGCAAUUCAGGAGUGUCGGACGGUAACUCUACAGUGAUCAUAGCCUUUGAACCUAUAAUGCUUGCUAUAGGCGGCACACUGGGUUUUGGGAAAGAGGCGAGCCAGUAUUUUACAAGAGCCAUAUCUUGAAUUUCAGGUACAUUCAAUGCAGUUGUCUUUUGAAGGGCACCUAUUAUGCCCAUUUUUACAAGUCUCAGGUGUGCCCAGAAUGUGAAGUGUGAAGGUUUAGCUCAAAAUACCCCACAGAUCAUUUGUUAUAUCAUGUCAUAAAUGUCUCUAUUUGGGGGUGGGCAAAACGUGCUGUUUUCGUGUCUGUACCUUUAAAUGCAAAUGAGCUACAACUCCUCACUCCUUAACCAACAGACAGUGAGCGCUUUCAGUUAAAAUAGAUCUGAUACCUGUGAAGACAAUACUACCUAACUAACUUGAAAAGGGUGGAAACUGAUAAUGCAGGACUGUCAGUCAGUGGCUGUGGGCGGGGCUUUAUCAGUGUGACCUCACAUUGAUAAGCGAAUCAAAACAGCAUGUCUAAUAAGAGUGAUUAAAAAGAGUGGGUGUUUUUUUAUUGUAGAGUGGUUGUGUUCACACACUGCCAACACACAUUUAUGUCCAAACACCUUGUAAAAGUGGAUUUUGCAUAAUAGGUGCCCUUUAAGAUUAUAAUGCAUACUUUUAGUAUUGUCACAGAUCUUUUAAGAAUUCCAGUUGCUUUAAGGUUUACACUAAAUAUUUGAUGUACUGUAUGUUCAAGACUGACAAAAUGGACCAGAACAAUCAUGACAAGAAUUCUGAAAUGAGAAUUCGUAAUUUUAGGAAUUUAAAAUAAGAAAACAACAUAUGUUUAUAUGUUAAUCUAAAUAAUCCAAUUCAAAUUCCAGUAGACCAUUCAAUUUGAAUUAUCAUUAAAUGACUUGAAGAGCUUAAAUGCAAAACCCUCUAAAGGCCGAAGUAUGGUCAAUUUUUUUAAAAAGCUCACAAGGGUCCACGUACGGUGCGAGUGACAGAUUGUUGAAACAUUCACGCAUCGCUCACACAUGCGCUUACAGGAUAAUGUAAUAUAGCCCAAGAGAGGCACUACGUUUUGUUGAAAAUGUGCAUCUGUGUACAUUUAAAAAACAAACUAUUCUCCAGUCUUUUUUCUUGUAAAAAAGCAUUUUUUAAUCUCUAAAGGGGAUCGCACACUGGCCGCGCAGCUCAGCGUCGCGCCGCGUCGUGUCUAGGACAACUCGGAGGUAUUGUAAACCGGAAGUGCACAUUAAAUAGUGCGAGCUUCGUCAGAUAGCGUCUACUUCAAAAUGCAAAAUAUACGUUUGCAGCCAAUGUUAAUCGUUAAUGAUUUGGGACAAAAUAGGAUGUUAUUUAAUGUUAAACUAUGUGAGUGGCGCUGUGUGGCGCGACAGGGAUUUGAGCAAUUUCCUGAGUCACAGCUGGGCGGUGCGAACAGGCGCCACCUGGCGGCGCCUGUGUGCGUAUACUCAUAGAAACAAUGUGUUCGAUUUUUUUUUUAGAACGGCGCGGCCGGUGUGCGAUCCCCUUUAGGGUCAGUUUCCCAGACAGGGUUUAGAUUAAUCCAGGACUAGGCCAUAAUCAUAUUAGGAUGUUUAACUCUUCGCUGCCAGCCAGCGCCAGCCCCAAAAAAGUUGCCAGCCGGCACCAGCAUCUUUCAUGAUUUUCACAAAAGUUUAAUGCCUUCCAGAAAAUGUUCUUCUUUAAAUAUAUAAACAUACAAUAUAUCAAAUGAAAGAACAGACCCUCUGCUUUCAAACAAAAGAAGAAAAAACAUUCUACCUUAAUUCGUUCUCUUGUAAUCACCUCACAAAUAUACAUAGGUUUCUUAAAAACACCAAAAUUUUAAGCAAAAAGCUGAGAUAAUUCAAUUUUUGUGUAGGACUUUUGAUAGAGAUCCCAUAAAACGCGAUCCUCAAAACGUACACUGAGUUCUUACUGUUAUGUUGCGUUAAAAAAUGCGCUAUUCUCACUUAGUUGGACGCUUGAACAUUUGAGUUCACUCACUUUUUUUUGCACAUGAAAGCAUGCAUGAAAUGUUAGUCAUUCUAGAAAAUACACACGGAAAUUCGCGUCAUGGGAGGGGCUUCUGCGACUCCGAGGAGACUCCGCCACACCGCUCGCUUCUUGUAAUCUUGUCACUACUACAGCAAGGUCCGGAUUGGUUAACGCGGCGCGGAAUUCAACUCUCAAUUCGCGUGGAACGUUCCGCGCGUUAAUAAUCCGCGUGUAAUCGCGUCUUUGCAUUGACUUAACAUGUAAAUCACCCGCGCUUGCCGCCUCUACCGCGGCUGGUGUAAACGCAGCAUUACACGUGAGUCGUUACUUCCAGAUUGCUUAAGUUGCGGAAAAGCACCUCCUGGUGGAUAAUAGCGGAAUUGCGGAAAGCCCGAAAUACUCAACAUUAGGGGCGGCGAGGAAUUCAACUCUCAAUUCGCGUGGAACGUUCCGCGCGUUAAUAAUCCGCAUGUGAUCGCGUCUUUGCAUUGACUUAACAUGUAAAUCACCCGCGCUUGCCGCCUCUACCGCGGCUGGUGUAAACGCAGCAUUACACGUGAGGCGUUACUUCCAGAUUGCAUAAGUUGCGGAAGAGGACCGCCCGGUGGAUAAUAGCGGAAUUGCGGAAAGCCCGAAAUACUCAACAUUAGGGGUGUGCCGGUUUCA